UGAAAGCAACAUGUGGCUGUUUAUUGUCAUAAUCGUGAUACUGAUAUUUGUAUCGGUGGAGCUGUACUUCCGUUUAGGGCGAGCGGGAAGAGUUAUUAGAAAAAUUCCUGGACCGAAAAGUUUUCCUCUCAUUGGAAAUCUUUGGAAUUAUGUUUUAUCACCUGAAAAGUUGUUUCUUCUCCAACGCUCUCUUCAAAAAGAUUACGGAGACAUUAAUCAGAUCCACAUGAUGAACAUUCGAAUGGUGAAUAUCAGCAACCCUACAGAUAUAGAGAAGCUACUGUCAGGACCUCAAGGCAGUCAUAAGGAUCAUCCCUACACUUACAUUGCCUAUUGGCUCGGUGAGGGACUACUACUUAGUAAUGGACAAAAAUGGUCGCAAAGAAGAAAAAUGCUAACAAAAGCUUUCCAUUUCAACAUUCUAAAAAAGUUUUUCGUCACGUUUGCAGAACAAGCCGAUGAUUUUAUUAAAUGUGUACAGCAAGAGGUCGGGAAAAAACAAACUGACUUAUUUCGGAUUGUCAGUAAUAUGACCCUGAGCAUCAUGUGUGAAUCCGCAAUGGGAUCGAGAAAAGAAGACACAGAAUCGUUGAGGCACCAAUACCUCACUUCAUUGGAAGUCGUUGGAGAUUGUUUCACAAAACGUUUGGGAAGGGGAUGGUUACAUUCAGAACAUAUUUAUCAACUCACUUCAUUAGCUCGAAAACAAAAUAUAGCAGUGAAUAAUUUACACUUCUUGACCAAUAGCGUUAUUAAUAAAAGGAGAGUUGACUUAACUGAAAAGAAAAUUGAUACUUUUGAACAUGAUGACGACUAUAAAAGUAACAAAAAGUUACCGAUGUUAGAUUUACUCCUUAAAAACGAAAAAUUAGGAGUUCUAGAUCAUCAAGGCAUCAGAGAAGAGGUUGACACGUUUAUGUUCGCCGGCCAUGAUACAACAGCAAUAGCUAUGACUUUCAUGUUAAUGGCUUUAGCGAACGAACCUGAAAUACAAGAUAAAGUCUAUUCAGAAAUUUGUGAAGUUUUAAAUUAUUCAAAUCGAUCUCCUACACAAGAAGAUUUAAAUCAAAUGAAGUAUUUAGAAUGCUGCAUCAAGGAAUCGAUGAGACUAUACCCAAGCGCACCCGUCAUAGCCAGGCAUUUGCAAAAAGAAAUAGUAUUAGGUGGUUACACAAUACCUGCAGACUCGACCAUUAACAUCUUAAUCUACGAUUUGCAUCGUCGUCCCGAUGUCUUCCCCGACCCGGAGCGCUUCAUUCCUGAGAGAUUUCUCCCAGAAAACUGUGCUAACAGACAUCCAUAUGCUUACAUUCCAUUCAGCGCUGGAUAUAGAAACUGUAUAGGUCAGAAGUUCGCGAUGUUGGAGAUGAAGACAAUUAUGAGCAAGCUGUUGAGGAGGUUCCGCGUAGAACCUGUCACCAGGCCUGUAGACGUCGUCUUUAAAACCGAUAUCGUAUUGCGUACAGCCCAUCCGAUUUACGUUAAGUUUUGUGAAAGACAGUAAUUUCAAAUGAUUUUUUUUUUGUAUUCAAAUAUUUCGAUGUAUCGUUUUUAUUUAUUGUAAUUCAAAAUUUACGAUAUACAGAACAGUUUGAUAAAAGAUGAUGAAAUUCGA